CGGGGGCUCCGCCAAGAGGCUGGUGCGGAAGUGGCUGGCACUGGCAGGCGAGGCAGCGUCAGCGGUAGCGCUGCUCCAGAGGCGGGGGCGAGGAACACAAGAAUAUUUGCCAGGCUGCUUUGGAGAUUGUUUUAUUGAAGAUUAUGGCAAAAUCUGGAGGAAAAGGAGUAAAUCUAAAGGACAAACUGGAGGGCAAUGAGUUGGACUUGAGCUUGUGUGACCUGAAUGAGGUGCCAGUUAAAGAGCUGGCAGGACUUUCAAAGGCAACUGUUUUGGAUUUGUCCUGUAACAAUCUUACUACUUUAUCAUCAGACUUCUGCAGUUUGACUCAUCUAGUGAAAUUAGACCUAAGUAAAAAUCAGCUUCAGCAAUUACCUUCGGACUUUGGUCGCUUGAUCAACUUGCAACAUCUGGACCUGCUGAACAAUCGAUUGGUUAGCUUACCAGUCAGUUUUGCACAACUCAAGAACCUGAAGUGGCUGGAUCUGAAGGACAACCCCCUCGACCCUACACUGGCUAAAGUAGCUGGAGAUUGCUUGGACGAAAAGCAGUGUAAACAGGCUGCCACUAGGGUACUUCAAUAUAUGAGGGCCCUCCAGUCUGAGUUGGAUCGUGAGAAGCAACGAAAGCUACAGGCAGAGCGAGAGCUGGAGAAGAAGCGUGAAGCAGAGCGUCAAGCAAGAGAAGCCCAAGAGAGGGAACUGCGGAAGCGGGAGAAGGCUGAAGAGAAAGAACGCCGGAGACGGGAGUAUGAUGCCCUGAGAGUUGCAAAGCAGGGAAUGACAGCGCAGUCGAGGAAAGAAACGGGCGAGAAUCCGAAGCUCUCCGCUUCCCGUCCAUCCCAACACAAGCGCUCCUGGUCUAGAGUCCUAUUGAAGAUGCUGCUGCUCCUUCUGCUAGGUGCCCUGAGUACUUUAGCUGUUUGCAAGGUUACAGAGCUGCAGCACCAGCCCGUGUGCACCAGUGUGAACAUGCUCUAUGAAGAUGCAUUAACCCUUUUGCAAAGCCGUGAAAUCCUUCAGAAUAUACUGCAGCCAAACUCUCAGCAGUAACAACGUCUCAGCCCUCAAGGACUCUUCCUUGUAUCUCCUGCUGUUUUUGCGUCAGCGCAGCCAGAAUUCCUAUGGAAUUGAGCUCUGGAGAAAAUUGCUUUCAGUCAUUCAGCACUGGGGUUUGGUGGCUUACUUCAAACAGAGCAAAAUUACUGCCCAAAUCACAUUUGCCUCCCUCAUCUGCAGUUCCUGUGCCAGUCAGGAACUUGUUGCCAUUUCUUUCUUCCAUAGUGAAACCUUUUCCAGGCUGCAAAAUGCAGGCUAGUGGUCUGUAAAGGAUUAAGGAUAGCUCAUACCCUUAACAGCAGCCUUGCCAUGAAAGGUGAAGUUUUUGUGUAUGUAGUCUUUGCAUGAUACUGCUAUAGCAACUACAUGCUUAUUCUGGGAGCAAGCGCUAUAGUAAGACAGCUAAAUUAUCCAUACAACGGAGAGUGAAGUUGAUUAUGUAGUGGCUAACGUUACAUAUAUGUAUUUUCUCAGCAGCUGGAUGUUUGAUUUGUAGGUGAAAAUGUGUUUUAGAUACUUAUACCUACUAAUCUAAACCACAUUUGGGAAAAUGCAUAUAAAUAUAUACAUGCACAUCUGCUAAAAACUGAUCCUUUGCAAUACUUGCUUUCUUGGAUGUUUGUUGUAUAACAACCAAGGGAUGUAUUGGCAAUAUCUUGUGAGUUCUGCAUCCAAACACAAUUGAUUAACUAUGUAAUUUUUAAAACAACAAUGAACUUUUUGAAUUGCUUAAAAACAAACUGGAUGCAGUUACGUCCUUCUGCCCAAGUGGUCUUUCUAGAUGUAUUGCAACUUGACCUUGCAAAUUCCUGAAUGUGACAUUAUUCCUCAGUGUUCGCUAUUUGAGAAAGUUAUCUACUCAACUUUGCUUUUCUGUGUUUGCUUAUUUCACCAAUUUGAGACUUAAGUAACAAGUUUGCCUUUUAUUCUGCCCUUGUGCAAAGACUCUGUCAUGACACACAACUUUUACCUACUACUUUUAUCCUGAGACGGCCCUUUGGCCGCUAAGCAGGCUUGCUAGGGUGAAAUACCAUUAAAUAUAUGAAUUUGUGUAGAGACUCUAGAAAGUACCUAAGCCCACCUUUCCUAACCUGCUGCUAUCCAACUGUGUUGGACUGCACUUCCCAUAACUCUCAGUCAGUAGAGCCAAGGAAUUGACCUAGGAGGAUGAGAAGUGUACACCUGAAAUUGAAAUAAGUGAUACUUGUAUCACUGAGUGAUGAAUACCUAUCUCUACUGAACUUAAAUUCUUCAGAAAAAGCCCCCAAAUGUAUCUGUAGCACCAUCAAGGUGCAUGCUGCUUUACAGAGUACAAAACCCUGCCUUGAGGAGCUUACAAUCUAAACUACAACCCAGGCACAACAAUGGGGGAAGGUGGAGGCAGAGAUAAAUGGGGUUAAUGUGUGAUUCUUUCAUUUACGUGUAUUUGGGCUUAGUUAUGGUAGGAGAUGGGAAGUAGGGAAUUGUGCCAAAUGCAUCAUGGAAAAGGUGGUCUUGAGUAGGAGAAAUGGCAUUUUGCAGGUGUUCUUUGAGGCAGUUCUAAGCAUACCUGGCAGCAUCUCAAGGGAGGAGGAGACCUUUAGAUAGCUGGAGGUAGUGGAAUUAUAACUCAAAAUUUCUUUCCUGUAGUAAAUGCUGUUUAUUAAAUGCUCCAAGUGUAUAA